AAUUCGUGGGAGGAAAGAGGUCAGGCACAGGGACUGAUCCUUUUGCGGUAAAUUCUGAUGAAUUUUCACGAUCCCUGACACAAGUGGUGGCCAACUAUCAUCCAGCAUCAUAAGCAGUGAAAGGUGAAAAUGGGUGUGUCUCUAGAGAGAGUACAGUUCAAAUUUGCAUCGAUCAUUGGAGAACUUUGCAGCGAACCCAUCGUCUUGUCACAAUUUGCGGUCUGGUUGGAUUUGCGGUUGGCAGAGUAUAAAUCAAAAGGGGCCAUUUCUUUAGACUGUUCAGGGGAAAAGCCAGAUCCAUCAUGGCUAAAGGGCUUGCGCACCGCAACCGCCCCUGCGGUGAAGAAGGUCCUGGGAAGUCGACUUGCCCCAAGAACGGGCCUAGGCUUCUCCAGGGGUGGGAUGUACUCGCGGUCCAGUGCAUUCCACAGAAGGAAUGUGAACUCCCACAGCAGGAUGGCACAAAGUGGGCAGGGCCAGACGCGGUCUCAGACUGUGACAGAUAUGCAGAGUGAUGUCAAUAACAGACUUUCAGGGGCUGAUACAAUGGGUGCAGUUCCGCAUUUGAGUGAGAACACGGAUGAUAUUGUCGUGAUAAAGGAUGAGCCCUCGGAGGACAACCAGGGAGGUGUAUUUCCAGUCAGUUUACAUUCUCACCAGGCACUGGAGCCUGAUAGUCGGAAACGUCCGGCCAGAGACUCUGUGUCCAGCGACACGCAAGAUAGCAGCACACCUUUUAAAGUCCGGAAAAACCCAUCUGAAGAAUCCCCACUGAACCAAAGCCUCAUAUCUGUCCUAGGAAGCGCAUUUGAAGACCAAAACCCUGAAAUGCCAUCAGGAACCAAUGACUCUGCAACUGUAAGCGAUAUGGACUAUUCAGCUAGUUUACAAGACCAGUCUGACCAGUCAGCAAACAUCCAAUGGGCAGAUAACUCCACAAACUUUCAGUCCUCUGCACAGCCUACCACAUCCACAUCAACGUUUUCACCCAACCGACCAUCCGCAACCGUCACAAGCAACAGUAGUCUAGCCGAAGGUAGCAUAUCAAUGGACACAUUAGACCAGUCAGAAUUAAACGAGACGACCAGUGUUUUUGGACUCAUGCCCUCAAGGAGUCACGUGAAGUCACGUCUCGAACAGUCUUCGCCGGAUGAGUCUAAACUGCUCGCCGUGCCCGGAAUGACGAAGGCUCGCUCCAAGUCCACAAUAAGUAACAUCUUAUCUACUGUCCGACUUUUUGAAAACUGGCUUAGGAAGCAUUCGGAUUACAAGGAAACUCGGAGAUUGGAGACUUUACCACCAGCUGAGUUGGAUACCUAUCUGGCCAGCUUCUUUAGCACUGUGACGAAACCGGCUGGUUGCGACUACACGCCGGACUCCUUCCGUCUCCUGCGGUCUAAACUGGACAACUAUUUGCGCUAUCACGGCUACCGUUGGUCAGUGGUGACCAGUUCUGAGUUCAGGAACAGCCAGUUUGCCUUUCGACGGAGAAAGUCCGAACUGAUAAGCAAACUCAAGUAAAGAACUUAUGAAACUCGUAUUGGGUUCGUGACUUACUAACCAGGACCCAGUUGUUCGAAAGUGUAUACGCCAAUACUGAAACUUUAGCCAAACUCAGCAGCCAGUGCACUUUCCUAAAGUUAAAAUGUAAUUGCAGCAGCUUUAGUUAAUGUUUAACAUGAUGGUACACAUUUUUUUAGGGCAAGUAGCAAAUUGAAGAAGUUUGUGAAAGUUGAAUCUGGUAUUAAGUAAACCAGUUUUGAACAACCGAGCUCAGACUGAUACGUCUACGCCUGUGUUAUUAUGUAUUAUUACAGAGAAAGGAGAUCUUAGAAGAAAAAUCAAAGAAACUUUGGGUUACAUGGUAUAUUUGAGAUAUUGGCUUACUGAGGAUGUGAAGUUGUGUGCAUUAUAAGGUAUAUACAUUUAGUAUUCUAUAUGCAUUGGUUUUUCUGUAGUGAUAUAUGGUGUGAAAGCAUGAUUGAGGUAUAAAACUGGGCACAAUCUGUUGUUACUAACCAGAUACUAGUGCAAACAAAGGGAAAUAACCUGGUCAGCAGACACCCGUGACGUCGGCAAAAGGAUGCGGGAAUAUACACGCCCCAAACGUGAAAGUCGCUGUUCAGUGAAAGGCGGGUUUAUUUUUUAUCUGACAGGGGAUAGCAAGUGUUAUCUGUUGUGGUGACUUUUGACUAACUCAUUGCACCUUUCGAGUUUUAAUAAUUCUAUUUUUUGACGUAGUGAUAGGUGUGUUGGAAAUAUAAAAGGGUUUGCCCGGAGAAGGAGAGCAGUACUUAAUAUACACCCGUCGUAUCCUCUGUUCUGUGUUGGAACACUGAUCGGAAAAAGGAAAAUACACUCGAUUAAGGACAAAGUACGAGUACAGUUGGCAUCAUCAGGGCUUAAAUUUUAACGGGAAUCCGGGUAUCUGAUUCUAGCCAUGACUCCCGUAAACUAAAUUUACGAGAAACUCCUUGUAUUCCCGUAAGAAUGUCAAGAAUUUCAAAAUGACCAAAUUUCCAGUUCAUAACUAUGCGCCUUUCAACAAAUAGACGUACGACCGUGAACAUCGCCAUGGUGCGUGUAUUGUUCGACUUUUUUACGUGUUGUUUUGAGUGGGCAUUGUUGUUAUUCACUAAGAUAACUUUCAAAACCUACAAACAUUGGGACAUCUAUACUGAUGUAGAGAGAUCAAAAUAAAUUGUGAACUAGUCAGAAUUUUGAAAUGAAUCACCGAACUACAUUGCAAUUAAAUUCUUAUGGAUUUAUCAUAAACUAACUGACAAAAAAUGAAAUAUAAUUAUACUGAAGUCACCCGGAAUCCCCAAAACUGCUUAGCUUUAUAUACCACAUAUUAAAACUUUCACUUUGAGUAACUGCAUACUUUGUGAUACUAUAUUUGACCUAGAUUCUGGUGCAUUUCCGCAAAGGAAACCUACGUGAAUCCAUUUAUAUUCUGGUUAAGAAUUUCGAAAAUAAAGGCCUGUUCAUUCUGCUUUGAAGUACUGAUUGGGCACUUGAGAAUAUCUCACAUUUAACGCCAUGUAAGAGUACCGUAGAUGGUGUAUACUUCAUGUCAAUUUGUUUACAAAGACGAUGUUCCAGAUAGGCAAUAACAGGAUAUGUUUGGAAAGAAUUAUGUAGCAAAUGCAACAUAGGUUGACUAAAGAGUGACAUUGAAGCUACAUUGCCCAGAGCGUGUCUGUGACCUUGAAACACUUGGAAUAGCGCCCCAACUUAAAUUCCAAGUGAUAUCCAUGUAUAAUGUCGUCAUUUUUUUCUGUUGGCACCAGUGACAUACCUCUGAAGAUGAAUUACUGGGAUCCAACACAGCCCAAAGCAUCCAGUUGUCAGCCGACAGCCAGCAGCAGAUACUAAUCUCCAUUGACGACUCUCCUGCCGCACGAAGUCUCUCCACCAAAUCUCCGAAGAAUGUGAAUCUGGUAAACGCUUAUGGAAAGCCGAGAUCCAAGUCUACCGUCGACCACAUCAUCUCUGCAGUGAAGACGUUCCAAACCUGGCUGUGGAAACAGGCCGAUUUUGCCGAGAAAAGAAAAAUAGAGGACAUUCCUCCUGGUGAACUGGACAUCUACCUCGAGAUGUUCUUUGCUACCAUCAAAAAACCAUCUGGUGACGAUUACAGUGCCGAUUCCUUCCGACUGCUCAGGUCCAAACUGGAUAACUAUCUUCAGAGUAACAAUUAUCCGACCUCAUUAUUGAUCAGUAAUGUUUUCACCCGGAGCAACCUUGCCUUCAAAGCCCGGAAAAGUCAGCUAAUCAACAAGUCUAAAGCGAAAAUGUUUGGUGAACAGUGAAUUCAGCAUAUUGGGGCGAUUUGUUUCUGUCAUAAGUAAGAAGCAGGUCAAAUGGAUUUUGGUAAAGACCUUACGUGUAACCAACCAAUACUGGGCUUUUUUAAAAAUCAUAUCUGCCGUCUUAUAAACAGUUGGGAUCAGAGUGAAGACAAAAAGAUUAUUCUUCAAUUAAAACAGUGUCUCCACUAACUAACAAAAAAACCCUUUGAAUGUUUUAUUUGACUAAAAUAGGCAGCGGAAGAAACGGGGGCGCUUAAGUGAAAAUAUACAGAAUUGUCUUGUUUGUUUGGUUUAUACUUUGGUUGACUUUGGCUAUCUUGGUUGGAGAAGUCUAUGAAAACCACGAUCAGUCUAGGUGUAGUACAGAAUAACAGUAAACCAUUUCCCUUUGAAACGUCAUAAAAAUACGAGAUUAGAUAUCGGACUUAUUUUUAUCCCCAUUAACAUGGUACGAUUCGCCAUUGUAAUUUGCAGAAAUAAACAGUCGUGGCGUGUGAAGAUGACAAGACGUAAGUUGCUUAUCACCUUUCACCUGCUUCAAACAGGUGAAAAUACAGAUCGUUUCACUGAUUCACUUGCGGUUAAAGUUCAUUCAAUAUCGAUACAUUCUAAGAAGCCUUUGUAAUGCUAUUGAGCAUCAUUUUCCUGUCCCCUGGUAUCCCUGUGUGUGUGUAUGUAUAGAUUAUCAUAUAUGCUACUAGUUCAGUAUAAGAUGUAAGGAGGAAAUAUUUCAGCGUAAUAGUCAAGGUAUCAUAUGGAGACAAAGAGAUAUUUUAUGACAUGUCUUCUCGCCAUGGGGAUGCGGUAAUUAAAGGCAAAUUCCACUUAAUCAUAUCGGAGAAUUUAAAACUUCAUUGUAUUGUAAAGAAAAAUGUGUGCUCACCUAUCUGUAUACUGAAGGGACUGGUUGCAAAGAAACAUUAUGAAGACAGUAAACAAAGGAUGGUAUAAUUAAUUUUCUUAUCUUUGUGUUUCAUGUUACGUUUAUAAUAUUUUGUGUUAUUAUGUUACUAAAGUUUGAAUAUUGCUGUUAGUAAUAUUUUAUUCUAAAAAGCCGUCUUUGUAGAGCAGGAAAGCGGUUCAGAUGUUUGUUUCGAGUUAUCUUCUCCAGGUUUGUUUUACCUUUACAUGUCACAGUAAAGUUUGUAUAGAAUAUGAACAUUUUGUGCUAUCUAUCACUAUUGUCUUUUACAAACAUAUCAUUUGUCGUUUUUCAUUUUAUGUGUCAUUUUUAAGAACGAUAGGGAUUUUAUUAGUUUUGGAAUAUCUUUGUUUUUCCUGACAUGUUCAAUGUCCAUGAGAAAGUGUAACAUUUUGCGGCAGUCCAUCGUGCACAAGGCAUCAAAAAUGACAAGCCAGUCGAGGUGUUUUCUAUUUCUUACAAUCGAUAUUACAUUAUAGUAUCUGUUUAGGUCAUAAGUCCAUGCGAGCGACGUGAUUCAGGGCUUUAAACCUUCCAUUAAUUGACCUUUUUCUUUUUCCUUUACCUUAAACCACAUAGAAACAGAAAGAGUUGCUGGCUAUAUACGCCUUGUGGGCAGACAUCUCUGUUAACGGAGCAAUGCUAUGGACGGGAAACGGACUGUUACGCUCUACAGCGAGGCAUAGUCUUCUCUCUGUUCUUGCAGUCAGUGAAUUUCUGUCGUGGUAUGCUCUCGAAUUAAUACUUUAAGAAUCCAAACGUUUAUGAACAUUCACUUGUUCGACUCUGUAAAACAAGGAUGAAAACAGGAACUUUAUUUAUUCUGAUUGUUUAAAAUCAUCUCUUAGGUUAUAUUACCUGUGAAAACAGUUCCGUUAUCGUCAGACGCAAAAGUUGUUGCUUAAUUCACUUCUAUCUGUUUAACUGAAUUAAAUAUUAAGGUAUAAAUAAACAUGGUUUCUGAAAGGUCUUUUCAGACAUUUUGUUAAACGUAUUUUACCUGACUCCUACCUCCACAACGAACAUUUACAAAGACCCAGGAGCACGGUUCUGUAGCAUUUUAUUUUGGUUUUAAUUCAGCUUGCUUUGUCUACAAUCUGUUCCCUCACAUCUCGAAAUCCGAUAUUCUACUCGUGUUUUAGAUAAAAAACAUUUAAAUAAAUCCAGAGUGAAUGAUAAGGUUUUCUUUUUUUUUUUUACUAACUGUCAUGUAGAAAAAAUAUUCCAUGUCUCGUCUGGAAUAUAUACAUGUACAUAAGAUGGCGUCACCCAGCUGGAAUCAACUGUCAAGCAUAAGGUUAACGAUAUAGCUCAUUUUUAUGCAGUGUAUUUCGCAGUGUUUCUAUGUUUCUACGUUUUUUGCAGGUUUUAUGAUGGAAAAAAGAUUAUCAGCCUGUGAUGUUUCGCGUUUGAUUGUAUUAAUUUAUUUCAUUGGUGUUAAUUUGCCUUUUUAUUUAUUAGAUUCCUGUUAACAUUGUAAUCAUGAAUAUUUUUGCGACGGCAAACUUUCUACCAUCCGCAGGUUGCUGGACUCUCAGCGAGAGUCUUCAUUGUAUUGUAAAGAAAAAUGUGUGCUCACCUAUCUGUAUACUGAAGGGACUGGUUGCAAAGAAACAUUAUGAAGACAGUAAACAAAGGAUGGUAUAAUUAAUUUUCUUAUCUUUGUGUUUCAUGUUACGUUUAUAAUAUUUUGUGUUAUUAUGUUACUAAAGUUUGAAUAUUGCUGUUAGUAAUAUUUUAUUCUAAAAAGCCGUCUUUGUAGAGCAGGAAAGCGGUUCAAAUGUUUGUUUCGAGUUAUGUUCUCUAGGUUUGUUUUACCUUUACAUGUCACAAUAAAGUUUGUAUAAAAUUUGAAAGUUUUGUGCUAUCUGUCACGUAUUGUCUUUUACAAACAUAUCUUUUGUCGUUUUUCAUUUUAUGUGUCAUUUUUAAGAACGAUAGGGAUUUUAUUAGUUUUGGAAUAUCUUUGUUUUUCCUGACAUUUUCGAUGUCCAUUAAAAAGUGUAACAUUUUGCGGCAGUCCAUCGUGCACAAGGCAUCAAAAAUGACAAGCUAGUCGAGGUGUUUUCUAUUUCUUACAAUCGAUAUUACAUUAUAGUAUCUGUUUAGGUUAUAAGUCCAUGCGAGCGACGUGAUUCAGGGUUUUAAACCUUCCAUUAAUUGUCCUUUUUCUUUUUCCUUUACCUUA